AUGAAGAGUAUUCUGGGCUACAUGUCUCCUUCUUGCUGUAUCAUAUAUGAUUCAGACUGGGCAGUUGCAUCUUGUAUCAGUACCCAGCCAUUCCUUGAUGUUGGAUUCUAUGGCGAGUCCAUCCUUGACUACAAACAAGAGCUGAAGUUUCUUGGUGUUCAAGUUGGGUUUGAAAACAGUGAAAAGACUUACAAGCUUAUAAUUGAUAAUUUCAAGUUCAGUUCUUCAUCUAUCACUUCUGAUGCUACAGCACUAAUCUUCAAGUGUAUCCAGUAUGCUAGCCCAUGUGAUGAUUUCUUGAGGAAGCUCAGAGAUUUGAAAUGGUUGAAAACCAAUGUGGGAUUCCGUGCUCCUAGUGAAUCUUUUCUUCUAGAUCCAGAAUGGGAGUGCCUGGUAAAGGUGUUCAACGGAGUUCCUGUAGUUGAUUCUGGAUUUUAUGGCAGUAAGAUCAGCCCGUACAAAGAAGAGUUGAAGAAGACAGGGUUGAUUGCAGGAUUUGACCAGGCAUCGAAGGCUAUAGCAAAUAUUUUCAAGCAGAUGGUCCUGAAGUCAUCGCUUACAAAGGCAAGUGUCCUGGCUCUUCUAGCUUGUUAUCGGAAGCUGAGAACACACGACCCAAUUCCUGUUGAUCUUUUCAACUGCAUGCGGAGUGAGAAAUGGUUGUGCACAUCACUGGGAUUCAGGUUACCGUUGGAGGCAAUCUUAUUUGAUGAAGAUUGGCAGUCUCUGUCGCCAAUAGCAAGCUUACCCAUCAUCAAUGAUGGUGACUCUAAUGGUGGUUUAGGCAAAGAGAUGCAUGGUUACAAAGCUGAGCUGAAAGAUUUAGGUGUCACAACAGAAGUGAAAGCUCAUGGUGCUAGGCCUACUGUCACUUGUCUCAACAUUUGUGAUAACCCUGUAGACAUUCCUGCAGCUAGGUUUGUCAUCAAUGGUCUCAACAUUCCUGCAGACCCUGCAUCCAUAUCUGCCGCUACCAUGUUGUCAUUGCUUGGGUGUGUCAAGAGCUGGCUGGCCUGUGCAGCAACAUUUCCCAAGGAAUUUAUGGAGGAAAUCACUAGCUGCAAGUGGUUGAAGACAACAUUUGGAUACCAAUCUCUUGAUGGAUGCAUACUCUUUGAUCCAAAGCAGUCUUCCAUGUGCGUAACAGAUGGCCCUUUCAUCGAUGAAUCUUUCUAUGGUUCAGACAUCGCCUCAUUCAAGGGUGCACUUGCGGCAAUUGGAGUAACUGUCGAUGUUCGAUGUGGGCAUGGCCUUGUUGCUCAGCAUCUGAGGAGCCACAAAGAAACUGCUACCAUUUCCAGGAUCUACUUGUACCUCAAGGAGUGCAGCUGGGGGCCUGAGAAGAACAAAGAGGGUAGUGACUGGAUCUGGAUACCAAAUGAAAAAGGAGGUGGAGAAUGGGUGAGCCCGCUGAGCUGUGUUCUUCAUGAUCAGAACAACCUCUCCAGCCAGCAACUGCAUGUCCUAGACAGAUACUAUGAUGAUAGGAAGCUGCUGGACUUCUUCUCAUCAGUUUUCGGCGUGGGGCAUGACCCUGGUGCCGAAGACCAUUGCAAACUCUGGAGCGCAUGGGAGAGCUCCGGCGGUGAGAUAUCUGUAACCAAUUGCUCUGCUUUCUGGCAGUUCAUUGCAAGGAACUGGAGCAAGAGCAUGGAGAAGCUUAUCUCUGGUUGUGUCAAGGUCCCGGCUUGUACUGAUGGGAAGAUCAUUUUAUCGCGGAAGGAGGAUGUGUUUAUUCCUGAUGAUCUGCUGCUUAAGGGUCUGUUCGACAAGCUUCCUCGACAAUCCAUUUUUAUCUGGUACCCUCCUUCCGUCUCUCGAGCAAGGCUCAACAACGUGUAUGGCGGCAUCGGUGUUCAGGCAGUAUCCAAAGCCGCCGAGAAGAGCGAUUCUUUUGUCGUCUUGGGCUAGGAUGGCAGUUGCAAAACGGUUGCUGGCCAGCGUGAGGUGAUCAGUGUUGGUCUGCUCCAGAUAGUCCUUGCUUUCCUUGCUGAUCCAGCUCUUGACAUUGCUUCCAAAGAACGGCACACUAUGGUCUCUUGCCUGCUGAAUGUGAGCGUCCUGGAGACCAAGGAGCCGAUCACGGUGGGGUACCGCGUGAAGCUGUCUUCCGGAGAGGCUGUGGACGUGGAGGCCAGCCGGAUGAUCAGGUGGGAGAGGGAGAACUCGAAGCUGUACGUGCAGCGAGGCGAUGGUGCUGGUGCUGGUGCUGCAGCUGGUUACAAAGAGAAGAUUGAGUUUGCGACGAACUUUGCUGACGAGAUAGCCCGAGGGCUGCUGUUUGAGACGCCAGACCGCAUCCCUUCACUUGCUGAACUCGUGAAGGUCGGCAGCCUAGUGGACUUCCAGGACGAUGCUGUGAAGUACCUGCUGAAGUCGAAGAAUCUGCAGCUGUUCCCUGAAGACGAGGCGUUCCUGAACGCUGCAUCACUAGGUUGCAGCAAGAAGCAUUAGCGGUCUUCUUCGGCUUUCGCUCUUCCAUGUUCCUCUGCGUGAGUCGCGGGUUAAACGGGAAGGGCAUUGUUUUUCGCUUCUUUUACACAAUGUAGGUUCCUCCGGUGUUGCAUCCUUUGUGCGAUAGAGCCUGACAUUUGUGAUCUUUUUUCUCUUGUUAAUUGGUAUAGUAGGUUGUUGAUGGCCACAA